ACCUUCUCUAGCGCGGUGGUUUUUUUGGUCGGAAGCCUUUGAGCUUCCGACAUUUUGAUGCUUGAGCCGUUGGGGGAUCCCUGGCCGCUCAAGCAUGCUGGAGCCGGCCUGUGCUCCAUCCUCCGAUGACCCUUCGGGGUCUGUCAGUUUAUGGGUCCCUUUCCGAUCCGACGGCUUUCUUUCUCCUCCGGCGGAUCUAAGGCGGCGCACGCGAGGGCUUCCAGAUCUGACGCCCAUCGUGGCUCUCCUGCUGGUUCCGAGGGUCUUCCGUCGCGAGAUCGGGUGACCGCACGGCAUCCUGGAGCCUGGUGCUAUUUCUUCAAGGGUAGAUUGAAGGGUGUCCCAUAUGGAUCGGUCGACCAAAGGCCGUGGUAUUUCCGGGACGUUCGUGGUUGUUUGAGUGCUGAGUGCACCCCCUUCAGGCCUCUGGAUAUGGGUCUACUCUGUUCUUUUGUUCCAGUUGUUUUUACUUUUUGUUAUCUUUGUAGAUGCCGUAUGGCGGUCUUUGUAAUGAAUCCAUUCCAUUAUC